AGCAGCCUAAUAAUUUAGGUUAAUAACCCAAGUUGAUUGUGUUAGUUGAACGUUCAUUAGUAAAUCUUAUUCUAGUAUCCGAGUUUAUUGUCUGAAUUUUCAGGCAGAAAAACUGAAAUCAAAUGAUUUCCUAAAAUUUUGAUAUAAUUCCGUUGAUUUAAUGGAAACCGACAAGUGAAUCAAGCUUUGAUCAAUUGAAAAGAUUGACUCUAUGAACCAAAUGUUUUUUUCCUGUAUUGACCAGUUUUUAGGUAAGGCAAACCAAGAAAUGGGAAAAAUAUGGGUAAACAAGGUAAACAACAUUUCUUAAUUGUAAUUUAGUAUAAAUAUUUCCAUUACUUUUUAGGUGAAAAACUAGUGAAUAAUUUGACCUCCAAAACGAUAGAUUUAAAUCAAAAGUCUCACUAAGUUAUAUCAAGCAUUUACAUCCUCAAUAUCCUUAGGCUAUGAUUCAAAUAACUUUUCAAUUUUAUCUCAUUGUUGAUCCAUGAAAUGAAUCUUGUACUCUACAUCGUCAACCUUUGUAUAUAAAUAAUGUUAUUCCGUGUAUAAAAAUAACCAGUAAUUGAAAGUUGGUGAGUCAACAGUUUCUUGGUAUUAUCAGUUAAACAUUAAACCAAUUUCAAUAGCAACAACCGCCAAUCAAACAUUCAAACAUGAAGCUCAUUCUUUUCACGAUAUUCUUAAUUUUCGCAAGUAUUAUCACCAUCCGAGCUGAUAAAAAGAAGUCCUCGUCAAAAAUUCCCGAUGAACUCGAAAACAAUGCAACUGGAUCCUGUGAACAUCUUUUCAAUCACACAGCUGCUAUGGUUGAACCAGUGUUACUUGUCAAUCGAACUGAAUGGCCCACAACAACGGAUGCAAUAAACAAACACUGCGAUCUUGGAGCAACUGUCUAUAAAAGCAUGAGACGAUAUGGCAAAUGUUUAUCUGGAUUAGCUCGUCAAGCUUUGAAUGUAUUCCUUCAUGGAAUGAAAAAAUUCAUCCAAAGCACCUGUUCAAAUCAGCAAAAGAAGCAAGAUACAAUGGAAAUACUUAAAUGUGCCAGUUCUGAGAGUCUUCCCGGUUGGAACAAGUGUUUAAAUCAAGCCAAUCGCCAGCUUGAUUUUGCCUCUGACAAUUCAACUGGAGUUGAAAUGGUCGGUAAUGUUUGUUGUAUUUACUCAUCAAUGCUUGACUGUGUCUCUGCCAAUACUAAAUCAAGAUCGGAUUGUGGCAAAACCCGUGACACGACAACCUUUCUCCGGUCAAGUAUAUCAUUGGUAAUGAAAGAUGUGAUGGAAUUGAUUUGCUCAAGAUAUUCAAAUCAAGAGGAAUGUAACAUCAACAAUCCAAAAGGAGUUUCAUUGCUCAAAGUGGUUGGUGAAUCAAACCAUAAAGUUAAAGGAGCCUUCAUGUUGACACCUCUACUAAAAACUGCGGAGAAAUUGGCUGCUGUCGAUGAAGACGAAGUACAGCACUGAAAUCGGUCUACAAAGCACCACAACCGAAAAAGGUCACUAGAGAACCCAAUAGCUUACUUAAUACCUCAAUGUUAAGGAUACUUUUCCAAAUUGUGAUUCUUCUCUGAACUCAAUUCAUUUUUUACUAAUAAAUUUGUAAAAUUUUACUAACACAAAUAAUCUGGUUGAUGGUUUUUCAUUAAAUUCAAACAAUCUAUUUCA